ACUUCCUUUUCCUAUCUGCAGACCGCUAGUAGCUUCUGCAGCGUCAGCUUCCUCUCCUGACUCCCAGUGGCUCCUGAGACUCAAUCUCCAACUCCGCUCCUAAGCCAUGAGACCCCAGCGGCUCCAGCAUCCCUCUCCCGGGGGCUCCCUGGCGCGGCUGCUGCUUCUCCUGGUGCUGCCAGGGGCUGCGCAGGGCUCGUUUGAGGUAAGCGUUUCGCCGGAAGCUCCCAUGGUGGAGCACGGAGGGUCUGUCUGGAUAAACUGCAGCACCACGUGUCAGGAUCCUGGAGCCAGGGGUGGCCUGGAGACCUCGCUCAUCAAAACCGGUAGUAAAAGUGGACCUGGGUGGGCGGCCUUUCUCCUCGUCGCUAUCACAGAGUGGGUGUCGGCCCCUCAGUGCUACUUCACCUGCAAGGGAGAUACGAAGGUGGCAGCUGCAAACAUCUCCUCUUAUUGGGUGCCGGAGCGGGUGGUGCUGGAGCCACUCCCCAAGAUGGAGCUGGGACGGGCCUAUAACCUGACGUGCUGGGUUCUGAACGUGGCUCCCGUCACGCACCUCACCGUGACUCUCCGCCAGGGGGGACGGACCCUGCACACGGAGACCUUCCAGAACCAUACCGGGACCGGACCCAACGACAUCCCAGUGACCCAUGAGAUCACCCCUCGGCGCUGGGACCACGGGCAGGAGAUCACCUGCCACGCAGCCCUAGACCUGACGCCGCACGGGCCCCACUUCGAAAACAGCUCCUCUGCGGUGGAACUCAAGGUUUAUGAUCUCCCAGAGGAGCCCCAGCUCCUAACCUCCCUCUAUAUCGAGGUGGGCACCAGGGCGACCGCCCGCUGUCGGGUAGCCGGGGUCUUCCCCAGUGCAGGAGAGGCCCGGUUCACCCUGUCCUUUGGGGGAGAGAGUCUGAACUUCACUGUCACCACGUCGGGCGACACGGCCACCGCCCAGGGCGAGGUUUGGUCCCCGUUCCUGGGACAGCGCGAGCUGAACUGCACCGUGACCAUGGGGCCCGUGUUCAGAUCCGCAGGACAGAGCGUUCGCAUUUACAGUCUCCCCAAGCCUGUCCUGGAGGUAACUGAGUCCCGGACCCUCGUUAACAGCAGCGUGACCGUUACGUGCCGUUCUCCUGAGGCCGAGCCCCUGGGCGUCCUGCUCCAGCUCAGAGAUGCCAAGGGAGUCCUGGUCCCCAGCGCCCCCGCCCAGCCCCCUGUGCAGUUCCAGCUGACGGCUGGCGAGGAAGACGACGGGAGGGAGUUCACGUGUGAAGCAAGGCCUCACUCAGGCAUCCCGGCUGUGAAACACACGUCCGCCAGGCUCACUGUCCUCUAUGGGCCCAGGAUGGACGACUCCGGCUGCCCCAGGGAGUGGAUCUGGAAGGAGGGGACGGAGCAAAACUUCUCCUGCCUGGCCCGGGGGAACCCAGCGCCAGCCGUGGAGUGCACGAAGGAUGGGGUGUCCGUCUGCAUCGGGGUGCAGCGGCAGGUCAGGAGAGAGGAUGCUGGGACCUACCACUGCAAAGCAUCCAACCAGCAUGGCUCAGCCAGCCGGGAUGUGACCGUCCAGGUGGAGUACUUCCACGUCCUGCCGUUGGUCCUGGGGCUGGUAGGUGCGGCUGCUGCUGGGGCCGGACUAGCCGUGUGGGGCUACAUGUACUAUCGCUCCAAGAGAAUCCGCAAGUACCGCCUGAGACAGCAGCAGGCCAAGCUUGUCGAGCAGGGCAAGCCGGCCGAGCAGAGGAGCCUGAACGGGGCUGCCCAGAGCCCACCGGAUGUGGAGCACAGUGUCUAGCCUGGAGUGCAGGACCCAGAGCCCUGGGGCUCCUGGCUGCUGCUUUACCCCUUCGCCGGCGGGGCGGUCCCGUUAACCCUUGGGCUGCUGGGCAGUGCCAAGAGCCUGGCGGUUCAUGGCAUCUGCUCUGCCAGCCCGGGGCCCUCCCUUGCACACACCAGCUGCUCUCUGGAGAGGGAGGGAGGUGCCCGGCGCUGGGAAGACACCCCAGGACGUCCAGGGCUGGAAUCUCCCAUGUCCUUGGCCAGAGGGACGUCUGGCUGCAGCUGAGCUCUACCCUGCUGGGGAAGCAGGUGGCUGGGAGACCCCAGGCCCAGCAGGAAACACUAAGUCGGAACAGUUGUGCCGAGAGGGGAAUGGUGUUAACAGCCACCUCUAACCACUUCUGCUAGUGAUGGGGAAGGCGCCUCCGAGCCGCACACGAGCUCUGCCCCAGCUGGGGAGGCGGCCGCCCGGCGCACGUGCGAAUGGAUCCACAGGAUCACUAUGAAAACGGUUCGACACUAACCAGACGGGCUUUGGGAUCGCCGGGUCUGUGCAACUGAGACGGGCCGGGGGGUCCGUUCUCGGAUCAGCUGAAUUGCAAGACCCUACGUCUUCCCUCACCCCCCUGUAUCCCCAGCCACGGAGCAGACUCAGGGAUACCAGGUCUCCCUCUCUUGUGGGGCUGAGCUGGGCACGGCAUGACAAGGACCAGGAUCUGUGCUCCUCGGGCCAGGAGAGGGGAGGGGGUCAAUGACGUUGUGACAAAAUGGGAAUGUUCUUGAUGUGUUUGAAUGCUGAGUGG